AGAAGAAAGGGGAGAGUAGGAAAACGGGGAAAGGCAGAUACAACAGAAACGGGGGGAGGACGGCGAAUGAUUUACGCUUUAAAAGUUGUGCUACAACAAAUUUAAGAGUUGCGGCGAAGAGGAAUAAAACAAGAUGAUAACGCCCUACUUCCUAGAGAAUUUCUGGGGCGAAAAAAAUAAUGGCUUUGAUGUGCUCUACCAUAACAUGAAGCAUGGCCAAAUUUCCUCCAAGGAGCUGACAGACUUCAUCAGGGAAAGGAGUACUAUUGAAGAGGCCUAUGCCAGGUCUAUGACCAAACUUGCAAAGUCAGCUGGCAACUUUUCUCAGCUUGGGACUUUUGCUCCAGUGUGGGAUGUGUUCAAGAGCUCAACAGAGAAGCUGGCCACCUGUCACAUGGAGCUAGUGAGGAAACUACAGGAACUGAUAAAAGAAGUUCAGAAAUAUGUGGAAGAGCAGGCCAAAGCACACAAAAAGACAAAAGAAGAGGUGGCGUCCACCCUGGAGGCCGUACAGAACAUCCAGACCACUUCUCAGGCCCUGCAGAAGUCCAAGGAGAUCUACAAUGCCAAAACUGUGGAGCAGGAGCGCCUCCGCAAGGAGGGGGCCACCCAGAGAGAUGUGGACAAGGCUGGAGUGAAAGCCAAAAAAGCCACAGAGACCUAUAAGUCUUAUGUGGAGAAAUAUGCCACAGCUAAGUCAGAGUUUGAACAGAAGAUGGCAGAAACUGCACAGAAAUUCCAAGACAUUGAAGAAAACCACAUUCUCCACAUGAAGGAGAUCAUUCAGUCAUACUCACAGUCUGUUGACGAAACACACAUUCAAAUAGGAGAGGUCCACAAUGAAUUUGUGAGGAACAUUGAGAACACCUCAGUGGAGAGCUUAAUACAGAAACUGGCAGAGAGCAAAGGAACUGGCAAGGAGAGACCAGGACCGAUUGAGUUUGAGGAGUGCAACACAGCAAUUGCUACUGAAGGUGCCAAACCACGAAAGAGAAAACCAUUUGGUAUCCCAGGCCGUAGGAAAGACAAGGACACAGACUCCACGGAGUCUACAGAAGUUGAAGCUGCUAACACUGCCAACGGUGCUCCCCCUGGAUACUAUGGAGCCAUAGACAUCCAGAACGCUAAUGUUCCCCAAGUUGAUGCAGAGGGCUUCUGUAUUAGACCGGAAGCAAAUGAAAACGAUGCCAAAGAUAAUUCCUUCUAUUCGUCCAGCGACUCAGAGGAUGAAGAUGAACCCAGGAAGUUCCACGUAGAAAUAAAGCCCGUUCAGCCAAACAAUGGCACGCAUCAGAACCGAGCCACCAUUGAUGAGCUUAAAGCAUCCAUCGGAAACAUUAUCCUGUCACCUUCAACCUCGGGACAGAUGCGGAGGAACCAGUCCAGUGAUGAGCUGGCAAAACCCAGAGUGCCCACAUCAUAUGAACUGGCUAACAACGACCUUCUGUCUCUGGACCCGUUCAGCCCGACUCUCGCAGCAGGCUCCUCUUUCUCUGUGUCCUCAUCAACAGCACCUGUUCCAAACCGACCUACGACGCCGCUAACAGCUGGAGCCCUGGUGCCUCCACCACGACCCUCCUCCAGACCCAAACUCCCCGCUGGAAAACUAUCAGGAAUCAAUGAGAUUGUACGCCCGUUCAGCCCACCCAAGACAUCUAACGCCAGCCCUCCUCCUGCUGCACCACUCGCCCGAGCAGAGAGCUCCUCCUCCUUGUCCUCUAAUGCCUCACUCAGCGCUGGAAACACCCCCACUGUUGGAGCUGAGCACACCUUUACUCUCCCCCUCUCCUCCCCAGAGCCAGAGCUGCUCUCCCUCUCUCCUUUCUUCCUGCUAAGUCAAAAGGAUGAUGUGUUUAUAGCGAAGCUGCCUACCUUUGAGAAGCGGUGUGAAACACCAGCAGGGACAUCUCGCGGUCCCAGCCCUGUGACCCUGGGAUCCCAAGAUGCUUUGCCCAUUGCCGUGGCCUUCACAGAGUCGGUUAAUGCUUACUUCAAAGGAGCUGAUCCCACUAAGUGCAUUGUGAAGAUUACAGGAGACAUGACCUUGUCGUUCCCCAUGGGCAUCAUCAAGGUGUUUACCACCAACCCUUCCCCGGCCGUGCUAACUUUCAAACUGAAGAACACCGGCAGGUUGGAACAGAUCCUACCAAACCAACAGCUAUUAUACAGUGAUCCUUCCCAAAGUGACUCAAAUUCCAAGGACUUCUGGUUCAACAUGCAAGCACUGACGUCCUACCUCAGAAAAGCCUCAGAUCAGAAUCCUUCAGCUUCCUACUAUAAUGUGGACAUCUUAAAAUACCAGGUGCUGUCUGAUGGGAUCCAUUCCACUCCUCUCAACCUGGCCAUAUACUGGAAGUGUACACAGAGUACGUCAGACCUGCGGGUAGACUACCGAUACAACCCGGAGUCAAUGGCCUCCCCUGGUCCGCUCACCAAUGUACAGAUUUUAGUGCCUGUUGAUGGAGGAGUCACCAAUGUGCAUUCUCUGCCCAACUCCAUCUGGAAUGCAGAGCAGAAUAAGUGUCUGUGGAAGUUGAAUGACAUCUCCGAAAAGUCUGAAAAUGAAGGUGCUGGGUCCCUGAGGGCCAAGUUUGAACUGUCAGAUGGACCAUCGAACCCCUCCACUCUGGCUGUGCAGUUUAUGAGUGAGGGGAGUACCCUGUCAGGAGUGGACAUGGAGCUGCAGGGGACCGGAUACAGACUUUCUCUCAACAAGAAGAGAUUUGCCACAGGACGUUAUAUGGCAGAUUGCUGAGGUGACCUACUACUCUGGUUUGAAAGGAAAAAAAUCUCGCUUGACACAGAAGUUGGCAACUUUGCAAGGCUUCCUGAACCUCUGGGUCCAUCUGAGCACAAUCGUGCAAGCGAGAAUCUCACUAUAAUUAAACAGCACUGAGUAUUGAACACUGUUAAAAAAAGACAUUAAGAUGAGCUUUCAGGAAAUGUGUAGAUAUGAAGUCUAAUAAUGCUUUCUGAUCAGUUCACUUUUGUAUAGUCAGAAACAAUUUAUGGAUUAGAUAUAAAUCUAUAUUGUAUUUGAAAUCAUAAAAAAAAGAAAAAAGUGCACUAACAAUCUUUCAGUUCCUUCUUUUUCUUGUAUAUUCAUUUUCCAAGAGCCUAUAAGGAAUAUAUAACAACCUUCUCCAUCCGAAUUGUAAAUAUUCUGCUCGACCAGCUCUGACUCAACUCUCAAAUCUGUUUUGUUUACUGACUUCCUCUCUUUCUCCUCACAAUUUGUCUUUAUUGAUCAUGUGCAAUUAAGGUAGAAUCUGUCUUAAACAGCGCUCACACACUUGACCUUUAAAAUAACAAUGAAGUGCUUUCAGACAAAUGCAAAAAAAGAUGUGACCUCAGUGCCUCCUCCUAUACUAUAGAUUAAUAGGCAACAAAAGCAUAAAUGUUUUACCCAAAUUUGGGUUUCCAGAUUUAAGCUACUUUUCUCUGUGAUAAAAAUGCAUGUUUUUUUUAAAACAAUCACCCCCAAUGGGGUCUGUGAUCAGUGUGGUCUUUUUAGAAUUUGUUCCCCUUGUAAAUCCCCCUUUCAGUCAUGGUUAGUAUUUUCAAACAUUUUUAAGCCCUUAAUUUUUAUUCUUCAUUAAAACAAAACUUGCUCAGCAAUCUUGACUGUAAAACAUUGUGUUAAAUGUUAGAUGCUUUAAGAAAAAUCAAGGGACGCUACCCCAAAUUUAACUUGCAGCCUUUUUUACAAACUGGCAGUGCUUUUUUAAUCACAUUUUUGUGCCCUAUUAAUGGAGAAAUGUGCCUGAACUUAACUUUUCGUUCAUCUUUUUUUAUACUACAGCACAGUUCAUGAGAAUUGCACCAACAAUGUGCCAGUUGUGUUUGUUACGCCUUUAUUUGGAUGCUGAAGGGAAAAUGUCUCCUCUUUUUACAACCUAACUGUCUUCCAGAAAUGAAUAAGUCAUGUUUGCCUUCUGUGAUUGAGUUUGAUCAUUGAACUCUUUUAUAUCUUGUCUUUUUUAUUCAGUGCUUGUCAAUUGACCUUCACCUCAUACACUCAUUGUCCAGUACAUGAUGUGAGCAGUAGCACAGUAAGGCCAAAUUAAUGAUCGAUAUGCCUUAUCACAACUACGUGGCACUGAGUUAUCCAGUGCUGUUGCAAGUGGUUAGAUAUUAUGACACAGUACUGCCAUUGCCCUGUGAUAGAUUACUGACCUGUACUGUCCUUCAACCCAGUGCAUGCUGGGAUAAGCUUCAGCCUUUUGAAACUAUAAACAGUAAAAGUGGGUGCUGAACAUGGAUGGAUGGAUGGAUGAAACAUAGCCACAUUUGACUCUUGGUUCAUUCAUUCUUGUCUUUUACUAAUGAAGGCUGCUGCUGGAGAGGCUGUUAUACUUGUUGACUGAGUAUUUGUAUGUUGUGUAGGAGAUUUUUCAUUGACCUCAACCAUGUAAUGGUCCUUAAAUUGGUUAAUGUGUUGGUAUGUGACAUGUCUGGAGAUGCGAUUAGUUGCCUGGAAGCUGUGAUUGAAAUAUGAUAAAAACCUUUUAGGGCUGGAGUUUCAUACACUGUGCAUCACAUGGCCAACUGACCUCUCAGAUACAAUUUUAGGAAAUCAUUUGUCACAUCAGGCUUUUGUUUUCUUUAUUGUUUUCUCUGUCCACUGCUAUAGAACAUGGCUCAAUAUAGUUUUUAACUUGGCAGUACAUGAUUCAUCUAAUGUCUAAACUGAUCAUUUACUUGAUUUCAUUCAUAUCUGGCCAGGGUGAUUACAUGUAAUGACCAGUUUUUAAUGUUUUAAUGUAAUGCCUUUAAAAAUAAGGCAGACAUUAAUCUUAAAUGGAUGAUGGAAAUUUCCAUUUAAAUUGUGUCUGUUGAAUUUAAAUUUUGUAUCUCUCUCUGAACUUUAAUCAGCCAAAUGUUUGAAGGUAGUUGAAAUGAUUGCGUUUACAUAAAAUCCUCAAAUUGUAGCACCAGACAUUUGUACAGUGUUCUCCUAAAUAUAUCAGUGUUUUUGGUCAGAUGAGCCGAAGGCAUUAAAAAUAUAGCACACAGAUUCUGUAAUUGUAUUCCAAUAUAAGCAAGCUGGUUCUUGCUGCCCCUACAAAACCUUUAAAAUAAACUUACAAUGCUCCUCUUUUCAUCACUUUCACAUUCUUUCUUUCUUUGUAUGUUGUAUUAAACAGAGUUUAAAGAGAGCAAAAUUGUGUAAAUGAUUCUCAUAAAUUGUACAUUUUUACCAAUAUCUCAGCCACUGUUGUCUCUACUUUAUGAUUUCUCAUUGUGCCUGUAUUAAAUGUGUAAUAUAUGAAUAUAUACAAAUAUAUUAAAAUUACUAAGUGUG